GUUGUUUCCCAUCGUCCGCCAUUUUACGGUCGCCAUUGAGAAGUGAAAACCCUCCUAAAUGUUCUCGAAUAAUAGCGGCCUCGCCGUGUGAUUUUCGGGGCUGAGAGAGGCGCGUCGCCGCGAGAAGUGUUGCUAAUGAGUGUACGGCUUACGAUGGAGAAACCAUGACGCAUCCGUCGCAUCAAACGAACGGCGCUAGCCUGGAGGACUGCCACACAAAUUUCUUCGCACUGACGGACCUCUGCGGCAUCAAAUGGAGGAAGCUCGUGUGGGGCGAGGUGGCAGGCGGUUUCGGAGGGACUCCCCUCGAGGACCCAGUACUCUCGAGCUUCUCGCGGUGCCUCGCGGGUGACAUCCUCUGCGUGUGGCGACGGGUCGCCGCUGCACCUUCCACGUCCGGUCCUGCGACCGCCACGGGUGCUGGAGCCGUCAUCUUCGACCUGGGCAUCGCGCCUUCCCCUGCACCGCCACCACUCUCCCUCACCGCCGCCAAGGAACUCUGGAUCUUCUGGUAUGGCGAGGAACCUGAUCUCUCUGGCCUCGUGUCGCCGGAACUCAUCGCGUGCGAAAGUGAGCAGGGAUCCUGGGAAAGCGGAUUGUCGUACGAGUGCAGGUCACUUCUCUUCAAGGCUCUGCAUAACUUGAUCGAACGGUGCUUACUGUCUCGCGACUUUGUUCGGCUAGGAAAGUGGUUUGUACAACCCUACGAUGGGUUCGAGAAACACCGUUGCAGUAGUAGCCACUUGUCGUUCUCGUUUGCAUUCUUUGUCCACGGAGAAAGUACUGUAUGCGCCAGCGUGGAUGUCAGGCAGCACCCUGCUGUGCGUCAUCUUACAAGGGCUUGCUUACAACGUACUCAAACCUCCCAAUCUGGCGUUAAAGUGAUUCUAGCUCCCCACGGGCUAGCAGGCACGUUAACAGGUCCAGUGGGACGUACAGAUAGCCAACUUCUCGAAGAAUGGAAGCACUUUUAUCCAAUAAACGGCAGCAACGUGGAAGCAGGACUUCCACCUUUGGUGGAGGUUCUCGUCGGUGGCGUGCGCAUGCGAUAUCCUUCUUGUUACGUCCUGGUCACAGACAUGGACGACACUCCGCCAGAGACUCCUCUCUCUCCACCGAGCAGCCCUGCCAGUUGCGAACACCCUCUUCUAGGUAACCAGGAACUAAGAGCAGCUACGGAAUUACCGGAACGUGCAUGGGGAGAAUGUACUUUGAGUUCACCGAUAUCUGCUUCCAAGACGGAAUCUUCCAUGGAACAUGGAACGUGGACCUUUAUUGAUCCUACGCAAAAGUCUUCCUGUACCUGUUCAAAGUAUGCGACCCCCGGGGGUUGGAAGAGCCUGGCCUUCUCUCAGGUUCAGAGGGAAAGAGUAGAUAAAGGUGGACGGAGGGUCGUACCGUUUCAUCGACGCUCUACCACCCAGUGGGAUGCUUGUCCCUCUGUCCCUGCUAAUGCCCCCAGGUCUGUAUUGAACAGAACAGAGGCACCAAGUACACCACCAGGUGGACCACCCUCUUACCCAAGAGGACCACCGACAGGAGGAGAUUGUCUGCCAGUUCCAUCCGUUGGCUCGCCAGGCUCCCCUGCACCCUCACCUCUUCCAACUCCACAUUCCGAGCCAGCAUCGGUUCCACCAGCAGAGCCUACAAUGCCUACUCUCAGUCCUCAACCGCCACCCAGUCAUACGAACACUGCCCCACCAUUAACCCCUUCUCAAGGUCCAAAGUCAACCUCCUCUGCAUGUAAUAACCAAGUGCACAGUCCAGCUCCUGGGCCAACAUUAAAACGACCAGUCUUAGUCUCCAGAGAAUGUGAGGAUAUAUAUUUAGAAAAUGAACAGUCAUUACCUUGGCUCUAUGAUUACUCAACACAAGAAGCAUGGCUCAAUCAUCCUGUGAAACGUUUUAAGGAAUCUAAUAGUAGUCCAGUCACUGUGCGGAGCAAUACUUUGUAUCCAUCGAUCAAUUCCCAGGUUCCUCAGUCUCAGGCUCCGAAACUAGAAAUUAAACAGGAACCGAACGUCAAUGUUGGAGAUUGCAUCGGAAGAAGAACAGAUCCGUACGAGUUUGACGCGACAGGCGAGGAGAACGGUACAAACGUCGAUGGACUCAGACGGCAACGAGACGAUCCUACGAAACCAGGAUCUUUGUUUACCAGCGAGGGUCUUCAAGCGUCCUACAAAGAUUUAGACCAGAUCUUUGAUAACUCCGAUCCUGACACCUCCAGCGACGAAACUAAUUUGAACCAGCUACAAGUACAAACCCCGCCAGAAUCGAACAGAUCCGGUGGCCUGCACGAGGAAACGCGAGUGGACGCCAACAAUAGACACAACAACCGAGGAGUGGGCGUGCUACGACCAGAAGAACUUUCCAAAAUGUUUCCAACACCGCCAUCCUUAGAGCACAACCCAGUUGCUUCACCUUGUCAGUUAAACGACCCUUUAAUGGACCAAACGGAACUCUCUAUACCUCAGCGACCGCUCAGGCAUCCCCCUGACAUUUAUCCAAACAUGGGAUCCCCUCAAGAAGAACCAAUCGACGAUUGGUCCUACGUGUUCAAGCCCACGCCCAUCUGCAAGAUGGUUGGUUCUUCCAAGUACGCUCCUCUUACGAAUCUGCCCAGUCAAUCUCUACCACCCGUCACACUGCCAUCGCACUGCGUAUACAGACCUUCCUGGCAGUGCAACCCCGCUCCGAGCAACUCAGAAAAACCGCUUCCACCCACCAGACCUGGUUCGGUUCAGCAGCAACCGUGCCCACCGAGUCCAGCACCGCUGGGAGCACCCUAUCGCUCGGCAACCAUCUCUGGCAGACCGCCACCGCCUCCCUACGAUCAACCAAGCCCGGCUACGUCCACCACCUCUUCGUAUCUGAACAAGAACUUGAACAGUAUUGAAGCGGACACACCAGGUCCCACUCGCGCCCCUGAAUCGAACUCGCUCAUAGUGAACAUUCUCCUAGGCGACACUGCGCUCAACAUAUUCCGGGAUCACAACUUUGACAGUUGCAGUCUAUGCGUGUGCAAUGCAGGCCCAAAGGUGGUUGGCAAUAUCAAAGGCGCGGACGCUGGUGUGUACCUGACGCACUCGUGGUCUGGUGGAGCUCUCUUCCAAGACGACGACCAAAUCAGGUGCAGCUGUGGCUUCAGCGCUGUCGUCAACAGACGCCUGGCUCAUCGAGCUGGUUUGUUCUACGAGGACGAAAUGGAGAUCACAGGCAUAGCGGAGGACCCAGCGGAGAAAAAGAAAACCUCUCUGGUAGCUGUCGCGUGUGGGGCAGCGAAACCAUCCGAAGGCUUAGACGCAAUACCACCUAACGUGUUGGAAUUACUGAGGGAACAGUGUCUGAUCGUGCAAAGCUCCGCGAGCAGUCUGUACAGGGCGUCCAGAAUCUACGCGGCGAUGAAGAGUUACCCAAUGCUCACGCCCACGGUGAACAUGUUGGAGUUCAACGACGGGAACGAAGUGUCGCUGGCGGCUCUCGAUCAGGGUAAAAUUGACGGUACGCAUAACGAAAGGACUAACCGCGUGAACGGGGUGCAUCGAUGGGUGUUCCUUAGAGCGAAGGGUCCUCAGUGCAGCGGUGAUAUUGUACGUAUGAUGAGAGCGUUGCAGCCCUUGUUGCAAGACGCUGUGCAGAAAAAGUGCACCACGCGAAUGUGGGAGGCGCCGUACACCGUGGCUGGGCCCCUCACCUGGAGACAAUUCCAUCGUUUAGCUGGUCGUGGGACCGACGAUCGAUGCGAGCCUCAACCAAUACCAGCGUUGGUAGUCGGAUACGAUCGAGAUUGGCUAUCUUUGUCGCCGUAUGCUUUAAGUUACUGGGAGAAGCUGCUCUUGGAGCCGUACGCCGGACCUAGGGACGUGGCUUACGUGGUAGUAGCGCCAGACAGCGACUGCGUUAUCGAUAAAGUCAAGUCGUUUUUCCGCGAGCUAUCGACCACGUACGAAAUCUGUCGACUAGGAAGGCAUACCCCCAUCUCGAAGGCUCUGCGGGAUGGGAUUUUGCGGGUUGGGAAAUCGUCUGUGCAAAACAAAGUCAAACAACCAAUCGACGAUUGGUUUAAACUGUUAGGAGAGAACCAAUUAGGAGAACUGUUACGAUUAUACGCUCAAGUCUGUAAUCACCGAUUAGCUCCGUAUUUAACGCAGGUCAUACAAGAUCGAAGUUUGUUGGACCCUGGUGAUAUGCAGUUGCCCAAUAAGCAACAGCAGCAACAACAAGCGACUAUCCCUGUUACUGACGCGAUGCCAGCCACGCCUGAUGUGAUGACUACCAAGCCUGAAUCUGUUGAGGGAGAGAAUCCCAGAAGCGAGACUCCAUCGAACACAGCAGCGAAUUCGAAUUCUAACACUGGUAACACGACACCAACUUCACAAACUGCCACGAUACCCACGACAAAUACCACCGCGGGUCCAGACGAAGAGGAAGCUGAACCUCCGGCUGUGGUUGUUUAUUUGAUAGAACCUUUCUCGCUGGGUAGCCCUGAAGACCCUGACCGCCGAAGACUUGCAAUUUUAGCUUUAUUACGCGCAUAUUCGGCAGCAGUUAAUAGCAUGCCUGAGAAUGUUAGAUCCAACAUCAACGUCCAGUUAAUCUCAUUGGAAAGUAUAAUGGAGUUGGGACGAGCUCGAGAAAGGCGAAGGAUUCAAGACGAGAUGAGAGCCUUAGCGUUAAAUGUGUUUCUACAGGGCCGCCGAUUAUUAAAUCACAACUCAACGGUAAAAAGUCUCACUGGCUUUGGUACUGCCGCCGCUGCAGAUCUUUUUCUUAAGAGUAAAGAUGAACGGAACAAAGCCCCCUACCGAUUGUACGCGCCAGCUUACGUCCUGGCGCCUCUGAGGGCGAAGAGCGAGGCACCUGAGUCUUUUGGCAUCGCUGGACCAGAGGAAUGCGCGGUUCUUUAUCUGAGCUAUUGCCUCAGCGAGGACCAAUCCUGGCUGCUCGCAGUUGCAACUGACGACAGGGGUGAGAUAUUCGAGACGGCCACCAUCAACAUCGACAUACCCAACAGAAAGAGGAGGAAACGUGCUUCUGCUAGACGAAUCGGACUUCAGAAAUUGAUGGACUUCAUACUUAGUGUAAUGUCUCAAGGUGUACAACCCUGGAGAUUAGUAGUAGGUCGCGUGGGACGCAUAGGACACGGCGAGUUGAAGGGCUGGAGCUGGUUACUGUCGAGGAAAGCGCUCUUGAAAGCUUCGAAACACCUAAAAGAAAUAUGUGGCCAGUGCAGUCUCCUCUAUCCGUCAGCGGCACCCUGCGUGCUAAGCGCCUGUUUAGUUUCUCUUGAACCAGACUCGAGUCUCAGGCUGAUGGCCGACCAGUUCACACCCGACGAGAGAUUCAGUCAGGCGUCGGUAAACUGCCAAUUAUCUACACCACAGGAUGUCACGUGCACUCACAUUCUCGUCUUUCCUACAUCUGCUACCACUCAGUCAUCACAGACUGCAUUUCAAGAACAACAUAUUAACGGACCAGAACUAGGGGAUGAUGAGCUAUUUUCCGCUCUAAACGACGACAUGCCAGAAGGCAUGGAAGGUAUGGGCGACUUUAACGAUAUCUUCAACGUAUGGCCAGAGGCUGGGGCUGGUGGAGGACAGAGUCCUGGUGGCAGUCCACAUCGUCCCGAGGGAUCCCCGCUGGGUGGAGAUGGUGGAGGCUCGGGUUUAGGCAAUCACGACGGUCCUGGUAGUCCGUUUCCGUGUAGCAACACUCCAAGAGUAACAGUUGCUGAACAGAUAGAGGAAGUCGGAACGCUACUGCAGCAACCACUCGCUCUUGGUUAUUUAGUAUCUACCGCACCAACAGGACGCAUGCCACCGUGGUUUUGGUCAGCUUGUCCCCAUCUCGAAGGCGUUUGCCCAGUGUUCUUAAAGAAUGCCUUACACUUGCAUAGUCCAGCAAUACAGCAGAACAGCGAUGAUCUGUUGCAACAACAGAGCGCGCUAACUGCUCAUCCACUAGACUCGCAAUAUACCACCGAUGUGCUCAGAUAUGUGCUGGAGGGGUACAACGCGUUAUCGUGGCUCGCGGUGGACGCGAACACGAAGGAUCGGUUAUCCUGCUUGCCAGUGCACGUGCAAGCGCUCAUGCAGCUCUACCAUGCAGCGGCAGCUCUCGUCUGACCCACACCCUCUCCCUUCGUAGUGCAGUAUAUGCACCUCUCUCACGCACUCAUUAACCGUACCGUCACUUGGGGCUUUACGAGAGCAACUGGUUUCCUACAUCCGUCUUCAACUGUACGUUAGUGACUGAGAUUCUCCGGAUAACUGGGAGAGAACGAACCUUCGUCCAAUCGUCGAUGAAUCCCUUGACGUGAAACCACCGAGAUCUUUUUUCCUGCUCGGUAUUUUUUUUUUCUUUUUUAUAGAUACGAUACAGCGAGACGAGUCACGGGCCGCGACGAUAGCAUAGACUCGAUAAUUAUCGAAGCACGGUAAUUCUUUUCGAUGUUCUUCUAUUCCUGUAAUUCGUGAAAGCAAAGAAAAAGAAAGAAAGUAAGCGAAUUGUGCUUUGCGUUUUACCAGUAAUCGCGACGAAAAUGAAAGAGAACACGAGAAAAGAAACUACUAAUUAACGACCAUGCAUUGCCGCAUACCAAAUGGAGUCUGAUGUAUGAAAGUUGGAAUGAGAUUGAAAGAACGAAUGAAAAUCUGAUAGAAUGAAAGGAGAAAAAGAACUGAGAGCAGAAAACGAGAGAGAGAGAGAGAGAGAGAGAGAGUGAGGAAAAGAAAGAGUGUGUAUAAGCGGAAAAGAAGGGGAAACAAAAGAGAGCGCGUUAAAAGAAGCUAAACUUUCAAUUGCCUCUCUGUCGAUAGAUAGUUCAAUUACAAAUCAGAAUCUCUAGAAAAUUACGAACCAAAACGUUUUUAAUUGUAAAUUGAAUUUUGUACAAAGCUUUUAUUAUUAAUAACGACGAAGUAAUAUAAAUGAUAUUACGUUGUUUUUUAAUUUUAUAUAGAUGAUAUAAAUGAAAAAAAAAAACGAGAACGGAAAGGGAGGCGACAAUUCUUUUUUACAAGUGUAAUGCCUCGUACAAGCCCCUGGUGUGAGAUAAUGUAUGACAAUUACAUGAUUAUUAUAUUAUGCUCGCGCGGCACUGGGUCACUGUUAUCAUGUUUCCUGGACCCGUUAGCGCAAAUUUUUCGAUGCUGUUUGACAAAUUUUAUUCAAAUUAGGUGACCUUCUAUAUAUUAUACAUACAUUAAUAGUGUAAAAUAUUGUUUUUAAAUAAUUUAUGAAGUGAGAGACAUCGCCGAGAUAUUAGAUAAUUGAGAAUGAACGGAGGGAGCGAGAGAGUUAAAAAGAGAAUGAGAGAGAAGAGCACAGUGAGGUUUGUUCCCUGCAACUUAGAAAAAAAAAAAGAACGAUUUAACAUACAAACAAAUGAGCAAGCGAAUGAAACGAAAAAAAAUAUAUAAGGAAAAAAAAUAAAAAGACAAGAGAAGAGAAUACAGGGCGCGUCUGAAUGAAAAGCCAAUUGGUGGCUAGUGGGCGUCAGUCGCAUAGUACAAAUAUGACUUGUACAUAGCAACCCUUAAUCCUCUCCCCCUUAUAAAGUUAAUUGGUUAAUUUACUCACACACCACACUCACACUGUAUCUAUAGUAUUUAUUAUCUGGGUAGAAAAUCAUUAUUGGGAUUAUUAUUAUUAAUUAUUAUUAUUACCAUUAUUAUAUUAAUAUUACGAAAUACAGUUUUAUGUGUAUAUAUAAUUAUAUACCUCAUUUCGCACGAAACACGCGCGUAUUACGGUUUUGAUGUUGCAAGCAUAAUGGAAACACAAUGGCGUUUUCAUUUUUUUCUACGAAACAUUCGUCUAGAAUCGCUUCUGCUGCUUGGAAAAUCUCAUAGAAAAAGUGCGCUCUUGUACGGAGAUCAAAGAAUACAAAUUAUCGGAAAACGAUCGUAAAAUCAAAGUAUCAGGCAAUUUUAUUUUCUUAUUUCUUUCCUUCCGGGAAGAUCUAUUACUUUUAAGGAAAAUUCGAAAAUUUUCUAAUAAAAUAAAUGAAUUAUUACGGUUUUUCGCUUUUUUUUUUUAAAGCUAAAUCUUU